CGCAUUAUCGCGGGAUCGGUUCCGCGCGUUAUCGCUCCGCCCGACGAUAACGAUCGAUCAAGCGAACGGAAAGGUCGUUCUCGAUCGAGCGUCGUCGAAUCGCGACGUUCUUAAUCUCGAAAUUUUCUUGCACGGUGCUCGCGAGUCGAAUCGAUCGGGUAAGCGAACAGAGUUUCCCGUUUUCUUUUCGCGUUUAUCGUAGUCGACGGAAACGAGUAGUUCGCGCUACGUUUCUACACCAAAUUUUCCAUCGAGCACCUGGUUCUGCUCGAAGAGAGAAGCGGGUUCUCAAGCGAAACGUGUCAGCCGCGUAUGGUCGGAAUCGUUUAGAACGUAUCUACUGUUUGAACGCGAGUUCGCGGCUACCGAGCGAUAAGCCAAGAGGUAAAAUAAAGCCGCAAAGUUGAGUCAACAGCUUGAAAGUAUAAGGUGCGUGCGCACACCUUUAUCGUUCGAUGCGCCGUAAUGUUCCCAUUUUCGUGAUAUCGUUAAACCCCACUGUUCUUUUUUUCUUUUCUUUUUUCUUUUUUUUUGGAUUCUUUUUUUUCGUUAAUCGAUUAGGAUGAUGUUUAAGGACUCGCGUAGUUCUUACAACAAAGAGAAAUCAAGAGUGCCUUGUUGCCUGAGAAACUUUCGAGCGACGGAGUAAGCAAAGUUGUUUGGCCAGGAGCAAAGUUUAAGAGGCAACAAGCGGAGGGACUUUUAGAAAAAGCGUGUGUUUCGAUGGUGGAAAGCUUUCGUGUCCUCCAACAAGUGUGUCUGUACGCGUCGCUGCUUUUUGCUUGUCGAUAUUUAUACAUGUAAUUGUGGCAACGAAGGAAGAGGAGAGGAUCGUUGAAAGAUCGUUUCUCGUGCUCGGGUUUUGGGUAAAUGUGAACCUGUCGAUAGUGGUGGUAUAUCGUCGCAUCGUCGACCCGUGGAUCGUUCAACGUGAAUCGACAAGCCCGUGGGAUUCUUCACGAGGAUAACGAAUGUUUUUCUAACAGAAAUCGAGCCGACAACCAGCCCGUCGACUUUGAUCCGCUCGUUCGACGAGUCCAUGUUGAAGGAUCACGUGGGUCCGUUUAAAAGUUUGCCAAGAGUCCGGACAGGAAGACGCGAGGAGGCAAGGCUGGUCGCGUAUCGAGCGGAAGACGAUAGGUUCUUUCUUCUUGACUGGUGGCAAAGCUGGCCAAAAGUGUGACCGAGUGAAUUCUGCGCCAUGGACGAUCGGGAUAGUUUGUUCUGUCGGUCGCAUCCGAACAGAGGCUCGAUUCGAGGGCAAAGUGGUCGCAAGAACGUCGCAACGAGCGUUGUUGCGAUGACGGACAAUCAGCGUCGUGCGAUGCCUCGACGGAGCAAGGAAACGAAUGAUAAUUCAGCCGCGAGUGGAAGACUCGCCGCACCUCUCACGGCGUUCGAUAACCUGAAGCAAUGGGAACUGGUAGAGGAUGAUCGCGGUCUGCAAGUGGUGGAGAAGAAAAACUCUGCCAAUCCUGUCCCCAGGAACGUCGAACGUUCUUCGAACUCCGCCGAGAUUCGAACUCCGCCUUUCGCCGCGAGAAAGACGCUUCCGGCGAGCCCCGUGAUGGACCCGAAUAUCGGGGAAAAGCUGAUGGCCUUCAGAGACUCGAAGAUCGUUCAGCCGAUCGCGGUGCCUCGAGAUAGUCUGAAUUUGAUCUUGAAACAACCGAAGGGCCCCGCCACGGGAAGCACCGACAUGCUUCAACGUUUGGAGCAGCAGGUCAAGGCCAUCGAAAUGGACACACUCGCGGCCAGAACGCGUCCAUUGGAGAUCAGCUCCGAUUUCGAAUCCGAAAUUCAAUACAGGGACCUUCGAUACAGGGAACACGAGGAUCUACUUCGAAACGUGACGGAUGACGACGAGGCCGAGGGGGCCUCCACGUUGCACCGAGGAGACGCGACGAGGAACUCGACGGGAAACGCCGGCGUGGCGACGAAGAAACCCACUACGAAAUUAUCGAGGACGGCCUCGGACACGAGGCGAGGGCAGGAAACGGAAGUGCCCCUUCGUGCGCACCCUAGGGUACAGCAAACUCGUGCAUUCCCACGGCCCAUCAUCACGAAAAAAGAUCAUCGGCAACAGCAGCAACAGCAGAAACAGCAGCAGCAGCAGCAACUACUGCAACAGCAGCAACAACAACGGCAGAGCAACGUGAUCAACAAUGCAUUAAGGCCGUUGUCAGACAUCAUGCAGAAGAGUGGUCAAAAUGAGAAGGAGUUACAGACAGGGGAUGGCGUGGGAGUGUCGAGUAGCGGUGGUCGGCUCUCCUCGAGGAGUCGGACCUCGGAGGAGCCCCACAUUGGCAAGUACAAAUUACUCAAAACAAUUGGUAAGGGUAACUUUGCCAAGGUAAAACUUGCCAAACAUGUACCCACCGGGAAAGAAGUGGCUAUCAAAAUUAUCGACAAGACUCAACUGAAUCCCGGUAGCCUUCAAAAGUUAUUCCGGGAGGUAAGAAUAAUGAAGAUGCUCGAUCAUCCGAACAUAGUGAAGCUUUUCCAAGUGAUCGAGACGGAGAAAACACUGUACCUGGUUAUGGAGUAUGCUAGCGGCGGCGAAGUGUUCGAUUAUUUGGUUCUACACGGUCGAAUGAAGGAAAAGGAGGCGAGAGCUAAGUUCAGGCAGAUCGUGUCUGCCGUGCAAUACUGCCAUCAAAAAAAGAUUAUUCACAGGGACUUGAAGGCGGAGAAUCUGUUGCUCGACAGCGAGAUGAACAUCAAGAUCGCUGAUUUCGGCUUUAGCAAUGAAUUCACACCGGGCAACAAGUUGGACACCUUUUGUGGAUCGCCGCCUUACGCAGCACCCGAACUUUUUCAGGGUAAAAAGUACGACGGACCCGAAGUAGACGUCUGGUCGUUGGGAGUAAUAUUGUAUACUUUAGUGUCCGGUUCGUUGCCCUUUGACGGCUCGACCUUGAGGGAACUAAGGGAAAGGGUGUUGAGAGGAAAAUAUCGGAUCCCGUUUUACAUGUCCACCGAUUGCGAAAACCUUUUGAAAAAGUUUUUGGUGCUCAACCCGACGAAACGGGCUUCUUUAGAGACUAUAAUGAAAGACAAGUGGAUGAACAUGGGAUACGACGACGACGAACUAAAACCGUACUUAGAACCUGAACCAGAUUAUAAAGACCACAAGAGGAUAGGUGAGUCUGCCAAGGCCCUGGCUAGCAUGGGAUACACGAGGAGCGAAAUCGAAGAUUCGUUAGGGCAGGCAAAGUACGACGACGUGUUCGCCACAUACUUAUUGUUAGGAAGAAAGACGACCGAUCCUGAAUCGGACGGUUCGCGGUCAGGCAGUUCGUUGUCGCUGCGCAACAUUCCACCGCAGGCUGGUUCGGGCGGCGGCGGAGGAGGCGGAGGAGGAGGAAGCGGAGGAGGAACAGGUGGCGCGGUGCAAAGCCCGUCUCACAGAGGUGUUCACAGAAGUAUUUCCGCUAGCAAUCCAAAACCGAGUAGACGAGUUUCGUCCGGUCUUGAAACGCUUCGAACAGCACCGAGUCCAGGAAACGCAACGAACCAUAAUCACGCGACUGCUACAACCGGCGGCACCGUGACUGGAACCAGCGGUAGUAAUUUUAAACGACAAAAUACCGUGGACGCGGCCACGAUCAAGGAGAACAGUGCUCGUGUAUCCGCGAGCCGACCCUCGGCUCCUAAAAACAGUCCAGGCCAAUUAGAUACCAUGACAAUGUUCAUUCUAGGCGUGGGUACAAGUCCCGGUGGUAGGGGAUGGGCAGGAAAGAGCAACACGAUGAAUGCAGGGGUAGGUGGUGGUCGGCCACUCACCUCACCUGCCCCUGGUUCUGUUGGUCGACGUAGUACCAUCUCUUACGAUCAAGCAAAAACGUCCUCCUCGUCUACCGAAAGAACCAACGACGCACCCAGCCUGGGCGAGGGCACUAGACCAACGCGGGGUCACACCAAGUCUGCGAGCAUCAGCGCAGGUCACCGUUCCUCGACUGGCGUACCCCCCAGCGACCAUUCACUACUGGACCCACAACCACGCAACGCCCACAACUCCUUACUCGCCACUGCUGACCCUCUUAGACAGAGCUUGGGCGUGUCUCCAAGCAAUAGACUGGCAACACCUACAACACCAGCAUUUCCUCGAAAUGUUCCAAGCCGUAGCACGUUCCAUUCUGGCCAGAACAGAGCUCAGCGAAAUCAUACUCAGGGUCACACGCAUACACAGGAUACGAAUGCAAUUAGCCCACUAGCGAGACCGUCCUUCUUCUCGAAAUUAUCCUCGAGGUUCUCCAAACGGACAUGAACCGAUUAAAGCUUGGCUUCGCUCGAGUUCCGUCAAACAAAGGCCAUAGACAAGCGCGAAACUAAACGACCAAUGCGCGCGCUCUCGAGCUCGCGCGAACUCAGCAUGCCCAACGAGCCUAACGCGUGUUCGAUCCGGCCGGAAGAAUGGCAAACAGGUCCGCGUUACCGGCCAACGGGUCCACGGAUAUCGGGAUAUGCGUUGGAGAGAAACAAUAUGCAAAGAAAUGAAAAUGCUACGAGAAAAACAAAGGAAGUAAAGCGCGUAUAAUCGCUCCGUUAUUCUGUGGUGCAUCGCCAUGAUCCAGAAGCGAGAGGCAACCCUUUCGCUCCUCGUUUACGGACAAUGUUUAUCUACUUCUCUCUCUUUUUUUUUUUUUUUUUUUUUUUAAAUUUUUCUCUGUUUUUAUUUCCUUUUUAUUUUGUUCUCUUAUUUGUUUUUGUUUUUGCGAAUGAAACAAUUGUGGUGCACCGAACGCGACGUUCUCGCGUUCGUAGCAUGCGCGAAUCCCGAGAAUUUUCAAACACGAAAUGUCUUCCUGACGCGCGACGAUGCAGGAAGGCGCGCCUUAUCCACUUAGACAUAGCGUUUGAACACUUGUGCCUUUUCCUAACUCAGCCUGCCAGCUAUAGCGAACGUGUGCACUAUUUAUGCCGCUCAUCAUUCGAAAGACAUACAUAUACUACCUAAUCUCUUUCUAUUUUUAUACGUGUUCGUCGUGACGUACUUCGGCUUCGUUUUUCUUUUUACCAUACACACCCUCCCUCCCCUGUAUGGUAAACUCGACGAGCCUCGAUCGUUCGUUGAUCCACUUCUCUCGUACGUAGCAAUAGCUUUUAGAGUUAACUUCCAAAUAGCCUUUUCGAACCGCGUCCGUUUUCCAUCGAAAUAUUUUUCCUAUCGUCGCGUUAUCGAUCACGCUGCUGGUCCCUUCUCCGUCUGUGAAGAGCCGCAACACGAUAAGAGGGCUGUCAAGUCCAUGGGGAAAACAGGGUAGAAAGGAGAUCGUUGCAACAUACGAUACGCGUGUGUGGUGCUCGCAUCGUACACAACAUACACUACCGAUCAAGAAAUUUGAGACCACUGCCUUCCGAUUGCAAUUGCUAUCUUCCAUUAUUUUCCAUUUACUUUUUUCAAGAGAAAAGAAAAACGAUCACCGACCGGAUAAUAAUUCGAUUUAUUGUAGAAUGCAUCAACGAAUCGGGUGGUCUCAGAUUUUCACCGAUAGCGUAGAGAACAGUGCCUGUAAGUGUGACUUUUUUAACGAAUUGCGUAUACUCGAGGGUAUCGCGUCGCCAGGACCGUCCGCCUCGAUAUAAUUCUAUUUCUCGUCGUCCGCUGCUUUCUCCAAUCCCGACGACGUUUUCCCGUCCAACGUGGACAAUAAACGACUAAGAAAAAACGGUGCACUCGACUAAUCUUACAAUGAACUUAACGAAACGUUACGAAAGUGGUAUAAUUGUACUAACAAAACGUCACACGGUCGAUAUCAAAGAAAUGGUAAAAGUACAUGGAAAUUCUUCGUACGUUGACAGGUUUUCUAAGUGAAGGCUGAAGUCUCGCCUUGUUUCCCUCGAGACGAAAUGAGAGCGAGCAGCACGCUGAAUACCAAGCAACCGCAAAUAUACAGACAUUUUACUGGCAAAGUAGUUAAAGUCUGACUAAGUGGCCAAUCGUGACUUCCUACGUAGCGUAUUCUUUAAACAAUUUUCUUUUCCGUUUCACCCUCUAUCUCUCUAUCUCUCUCUUUCUCUAUCGACGAGAAUCCCCUAGCUGGGAUCACAUCGAACACACGAAACGGCGUUGUCGUCGAAUCUGGAGGAAAUAUGUUGGAUAACAAAUUAAAUUCUUUCGUUCGACUCGAUGGUUAUUUUAUAGUCGUCUUACAGGUUCUUUCGUUCUUCUCGAUCCCAAGAGAUUAUAAUUUUCGUGAUAGAUUCCCUGAUCGAUGGAUUUUCUCUUUUGUUCGCUUUUAUUUUUUCUCUUGAUAUCCAGCAUAUUCGUUCCUCGUGUACCGAAAAUUUUCGUUCCAAUUUGAAAGCAACAGAAGAUUCUCGCAUCGAUUCUUUCGUACGAUCGUCGAUCAAUUUUUUCGUCCAAACAUUUGUACGUGUAUAUGGCGAUAUACAUAUGCGUGUAAUUUAUGUAAAUAUAUUGUACCGUGGUAUAUAUCCGUAGUAUUUGCAUUUCCUCGAGUAUUUUGUACAGCUUCGCGAGCGAAAGUAAAACUGUUUAAUGCAAAUGAACGGAAAGAAAGGUUGAACGAUCGUCGAAGACGCGAGAGACAGACAGAAUCUUCCGAGAAUCGAUAUCAGACAAACAAGAAGCACCUCCUCGCCGAUUGAACGAAGGUUUUUUUGCCGCGACUUUUCACACUUUCGUAUAAAUCAUCCUUCGUUUCUCUGUAUCUAACCCUCGACGCUGUGCCUAACAAUCUCUCGUUUACAUUCUCACGCUACACAUCACACUUGCUCGAAGCGAUUCGACGAACACACGCGUGCUUCGCUUUCGAUCAGUGAAUAAUCGCUAAAACGGUGAAUUAUCGAAGGCAUUCCUAACCACGUAAUCGAACCACGAAAGAAGAGACGGAGAACACACGAGAAGGAGCAACAGAUAUAUCAUGCAACUAAUUUCCUUUUUUAGUUUUUUUUUUUCUUUUUUUUUUUUUUUGUCAAAGGUCGUCACGAGUUAAUAAGCAUAAUUAUGCUGGAUGUGUAUAGCAUGUACGUGAUGAACGAUUAAGUAACGAUUAUCGUACCAUUUACUUAUAAGAAACAGAGAGAAAAAGAAAACAAAUAAAAAAAAAAAAUUGAAAAUUUUUGUAACGCAUUGUGCAAAAGUGAGACACGAAAGCAGUGCGAAUGCAGGAACGAAUGAGCGAGAGAGAGAGAGGGAGAGGGAGAGGGAGAGAGAGAGUGGCCUUGGGUUAAUUAACGACCAAGAUGUUGCUCGAGCUUUUCGUUUUUUUUUGUUUUUUUUUGUUUUGUUUUUUUUUAACGAAUCGAAAAAAUGGAUUGUGCCUAAGUUUCUCGAGAAGCUCGGUUGCACGGUGACACGAGCACGUUUGAUCGCGCGUUUUUACCUCUCAUGCUUCGCGCGUUAUUCGUCGGCGAUACAUCGUCGUGAUUCCUUUUUCUUCUUUCCGCUUCAUUUUGCAUUUCAUAUCGUGGCUAUCGAAUGUUCUGUGUAAGCCGAGACUCGGGGCAGGUACGUUGUACGGUACCGAUUCCUAUUUUUUCGUAAAUGCAUUUUCACCCCGUCGAAGGAUCAGACGUUUUCCGUUCCUCGUCCGUGUUCAACGAUCCUAGAAUGCGUGCGAUCGUAGAAUUUUAUAAGCAAAAAGAAAGAAAAAGGAGAAAAAAAAAAAGGGAAAAAAAAGAAGAAGAAGGAAAGAUAAUCGAUAGCGCAUUCCUAAGGCCACCCACGAAUCGAUCGAGAUCGAUAGUGUACACGUGCACAACGAGAGAGACUCGAGAAAAAAGAUAUCGAUGCAUUUCGAUUGUCUUGAGCGUUGUAUACACGUGUGAUACGUGUACAGUUUACGAAGUAAAGAAAAGAGAAACAAUAUAAUACGUUUAUACGCAAGAUUUACGAAUAUAGCACAUCUGUAAAUGAUUAACGCUCUUUGCUGCACUCCAGAACUCUAUGCCCGUCCAAAUGUUCGGAGAUUCAUUUUUUAGCAACUUUUUUUUCUUUUCUAUUUUUUGUCUUUCUUUCGUUAUCUUUUUUUUUUUUCUUUUUUCUUUCGUCGAUGAACCUUUGAUCGAAACUGAUUUUGAACUGAUAUUGAACGAGUCCAUCUACGAAAGCAUCUACUUUUAGAUCUUUACAAACGGAGGGCAGUAAAUAGCCGAUAGAAACUGAGUAGAAAUAUUAUUUAAAAUAAUUUUAAGAAGCAAUAAUAGUAAUAAUUUCGUAUUAAUAAAUAUGUUAAAACUGCCUUGUA